UUGUCUUUGACAGAUCAUGCAUAAGAAUCAUCUUCGUCUGAAAAGGAUUGGUACCUUGUAUAUGAUUGUCUUUUAGCCACAACGUAGUGAAAUAUCGACUAUAUAUAUGCAUCUAUGAUUUGCAUGUUUUAUCAGGUUGUCUUAAUUACUAGACUUGAGAUAAUCCGUCAAAAGCAUUUCAGCUCUCUUUCAAUGUUCAAUUCUUCUACGAUCAGUGAUCGUCCCGUGGCGCUUGCUGCUGCGAAUCUAAAUUAUUUUCAGCAAGGAAUUUGAGCCAUCGUGUAACAAGAAAGCAAAAGGGAUAUGUGGAAACUUGAGGUAGCUGAAGGUGACGGUCCCUGGUUGUUUAGCACAAACAAAUUUGUUGGUAGACAGAUAUGGAGAUUUGAACCGAAUGCUUGGACACCAGAGGAACAAGCACAAGUUGAAAUGGCGAGAGAAAAGUUUCGCUUAAAUCGAUUUUAUACUAAAGCGAGCGGUGAUGUUCUUAAGAAUUUCCAGCUUAUCAAGGAAAACCAAAUUGAUCUCAGAAUCCCACCAGUGAGAUUGGGAAACGGAGAAGAAAUAAGUCGUGAAAAAGUUGAAACUGCUUUGAGGAAAGCUGUUCGAUUCACCUCAGCGAUCCAAGCAAGUGAUGGACACUGGCCUGCGGAAUUUUCUGGCCCGUUAUUUUUAAUGCCUCCAUUGAUCAUGGUCCUCUACCUCAGUCGAAGCCUUGAUACCGUUCUAUCAACAGAACACAAGAAGGAAAUUAUUCGCUAUAUCUAUAAUCAUCAAAAUGAAGAUGGUGGGUGGGGAUUCCAUAUAGAGAGCCAUAGCACAAUGUUGGGCACGGCACUUAAUUAUGUUGCCCUGCGUUUGCUCGGAGAAGGACCCGAAGGAGGCAGAGAUGGGGCUGCCACAAAGGCCCGCAAAUGGGUACUUGAUCAUGGGGGAGCCACAAUGAUACCUGCCUGGGGAAAGGUUUAUCUUUCGGUACUUGGAACGUACGAGUGGUCAGGCUGCAACCCAGUGCCUCCAGAAUUUUUGCUAUUCCCUUCCUUUCUUCCCUUUAGUCCAGGGAAGGUGUGGUGUCAUUUGCGCACAGUUUACACACCCAUGUCUUAUUUGUACGGUAAGAAAUUCGUUGGACCGAUAACCGAUCUCAUUUUGCAACUGAGACGUGAACUUUACAUUCAACCCUAUGAAGAAAUAGACUGGAAUAAAGCACGUCAUUUAUGUUUAAAGGAGGAUCUUUACACCUCUCGCUCUAUUGCUCAAAAUCUGCUUUUAGAUGGUGUUCAUUACCUGAGUGAGAGGCUUCUUAAACAAUGGCCCUUCUCCAAGCUGAGAGAGCAGGCUCUACAAGAAGCAAUCAAGCAUAUUCACUAUGAAGAUGAGAGUACUAGAUAUAUGACUCAUGCUAGUAUAGAGAAGUCCUUGAAUAUGAUGGCUUGCUGGGCAGAAGACCCCACUUCAGAUGCAUUCAAAUUUCACCUUGCUAGAGUUCCUGAUAUUUUAUGGCUUGCUGAAGAUGGAAUGAAAACGCAGAGUAUCGGCAGUCAGUUGUGGGAUGCUGCUUUUGCAACUCAAGCUAUUAUCGCAAGUAAUCUUGUUGAUGAAUAUGGCUCUACUCUCAGAAAAGCACACGAGUUCCUGAAACUGUCACAGAUUCAAGAAAAUGCUUAUGGAGACUUCAGGAGCAUGUAUCGUCAUAUUUCUAAAGGAGCAUGGACUCUCUCUGUUAAAGAUCAUGGUUGGCAAGUCUCGGAUUGCACAGCUGAAGCGCUAAGGGCUUUACUCCUACUUUCACAAAUGCCAGCAGAAAUUGUUGGUGAAACAAUUGAUACCGAAAGAUUACAUAAUGCUAUAGAUUUCCUCCUAUCUUUACAGAGCAAAAAUGGUGGUUUCUCUGUUUGGGAGCCAGCAAGAGGGCAGAGGUGGUUGGAGGUCUUAAAUCCCACUCAAGCUUUUGGUGAUGUAAUGGUUGAAACCGAGUAUGUUGAAUGCACGGCAUCUGCCAUCCAGGUUCUAGUAUUGUUCAAAAGCUUACAUCCUGGAUACCGAAGGAAAGAGAUAGAAGUUUCUGUGGCCAACGCAUCAAGUUACAUCGAAGAUGCACAGAUGAGCGAUGGUUCUUGGUAUGGCAAUUGGGGGAUUUGCUACACGUAUGGAACAUACUUCGCAUUAAAAGGGCUGGCUUCUGUUGGAAAGACGUACAGAAAUAGCAGGACAGUUCGGAAAGCUUGUGAAUUUCUGCUGUCAAAACAGCACAACUCCGGAGGUUGGGGAGAGAGCUAUCUUUCUUGCGCCAACUCGAAGUAUACAGAGACAGAAGGAAACAAAUCAAAUGUUGUACAAACAGCAUGGGCAAUGAUGGGUCUUAUUUAUGCAGGACAGGCUGAGAAAGAUCCAGCUCCUUUACAUCAAGCAGCAAGGCUACUUAUCAACUCACAGAUGGAGAAUGGCGAGUUUCCUCAACAGCUGCCUAACAAAUUAACAAUAUUGCAAUUGCAAACGUUGCAUAGGAUUUCCAAUUCCAUGUCAAUCAUUGAACACACCCACUAGCUGAUAUCAACAACAAAUCCACGGCAGAAAAUCGAUUAUGAUUGCUAAUCUGCGCAAGUUGCGCCAUUGCUUCCCAGAAGAUGAUUGUAGCCCACAUGCGUCCCAGAGCAAGUUGUGGAUACUCUAUCAGCAUUCUUAGUAUGUGGACUAGACAAGAAAAAAACCGUGAGAACAAUUUGACCUGCAUGGAGAACAGAUCUUUAAAUUCCUUGUAGCGCACGAGCUUGUCAAAUCCAAUUCAUUCAUUCUACUUGCAUGGAAAACAAACUCCCCUUCUGUGCUAGAACGAGGAUUACAUAGCCCUGGAUUGCUCAACUCCAAAGGAGGAUAUUCUGGUGGUAAUCUCUUAUUAGCAAACCAAAAAUCAAUAACCAAAUCAUUUUCCCUUAUCCCCCAUGUCGUGAAAUCAAAUGA